AUGAAUUAUAAAUAUUUUAUACUAAUCUUAGGAUGUCUGCUAAUAACAAUUUAAAGUAGCAAAUGCAAAAAAGUAAUAAAUUCUGAUGCUAUUUAUAUAUUUGAUGAUUUACAAACUAAGGAAUAUAAAUAAAUUCUAAACGGUAUAGUUUUUUUAUUUUAUGAUUUAGAAACAAGUACAUUAUAUUUUCGAUUUUGUUAACCAAUUUUAAAAUGUCCAGAAAUAUCACUUAAUACAUUUGCUGUUAUAAUAAAUAAUGAAGGAAAACCAGAAUAAUAAUGCAUUUCUUUGAUUAAUACAGAUUCAUAUUUUGCAGAUUCCUUUGAACUUAUUAAUGAAGAAGAAUCAAAUGAGGGUGUUUAGGCAGAAUUUAAAAAGUAAUUAUAUAAUCAAAUAUAUAAUAGCACUUUAAAUGGUUUUGCAAUAAAGUAUAUGCUCUAUUGUUCAGAGGAAUAAGAAGGACUUGAAAUAUUGGAUGUAUCUUAUGAGUAAGAUAAAUAAUUAUAUAAAAUUGAAAUGGAAGCUGAUAAUGGUUGCCAUCUAGUUUUAUUUUCAAAAAUUGUUGAGUUUCUAUAAGACAAUAAGAAAUUUUUGUCUGGAAUUUUGAUAAUCAUAGGUUUAACAGAAUGUUUAAUGGGUAAGAAAAUCUUAAAGCCAACUCUUUUUAUAUUUGGAUAUUUAAUUGGCUUUUUCUUUGCACUAUAUAUAUCAAGUGAAUUAGAUAUAGGAGACAAUCCAUUUUAUUUAUGGAUAGCAAUGAUAAUAGCAGUACUACUAGGAGCAUUUGUAGGAGGUUUGUCAAUGCAUUUAGAUAAGGCUGGUAUAGUUGCAGUAGGUAUUGGAUUAGGAGUAGUCUUGUCAUUAUUAUUAUGGAAUGCAUUAUUAGUUUAAUUUGUUACUUCAGAAUAUAUAUUAUAUUCAAUUAUGGUAGUGUUAAGUUUUGGGUUUAGUGUUUUAUCAUUUAGAUUGUUUGAUCAUUUAAUAAUCUUUAGUACUAGCUUUUUAGGAGUAUAAAUAUAUUUAUAAAUAUUGAAUAGUCAUAUUUAGUAUUUAAAGCUAUUGGUUUAAUUGCUGGAGGGUUUCCAUCAGAGAUAAAGAGCAUCUCAGGUAAUUCAGAUUAUAGAUAUUAUAUUUAUUUUACUUGCAUAAUAAUAUUAGCCUGUUUUGGUAUAUACUAUUAAUAUAAAUAAUGGGGAUAGAAAAUUAUAACUUAUGAUGAAAUUGUUUCAUCAAUGAUGAAUGGCAAUUAAUAAGCAGAACAUUAAGACUCACUUCUAAAUGACCAUUAGAAUAGUUAAGAUUUUAUUGAAUUAAAAGAGAUCAAGUAGAAAUCAGAGAUUAAAGGUUUUUCAUGA